ACCUCUGUAUCGCACCGAGAACAGAAAAACGCUUAUCCAGCGCUCAUCGCCUUGAUGCCCGCUCCACAUCAACAAAGUUUGCACCGUCGUUUAAAGUUUGAGAGCUUCGUACUGUCCUUUGAAACCUGUGCACGUCUGCACUGGACCAAUGUUUGCUCUGGAGCAGCUGAGCAGAAGAAGCAACUGUGGAUCUGUCCAUCGCCUGGCCUACAUUUUUGGGGGUGGGGAGAAAGCAGGAGUGUUUCAGUGGUGGUACUUGGGGUUUUAUUUUUAGCCUCUUCCCGACCCUCUACCACGACAGCUGUCUCCCUCCUCCUCCUCUGACAGAGCAGAGUCAGGAAUAGCCUAUCUCUUUGCACCUCUCAGAACUAGGGCUGCCGGUUAAUGUGACGUGGGUCUUCUGGUUCUCAGGACUGUCUCUGUCUCUGUCCCACCACUUUGGUUGGCACUCAACUGCUCUCUGAUCUUGGUAGCGAGCAGUGUUCAGUGUUUGGAGCUGCUGCAAAAGAUCUCAGGCUUGAAUGUGAUGGCACUCCAGGAGCAAUGACCGGACCAACCGGUGCUAAUGAUAAAUCUAAGCCAAGAACCUCCUCUUCUUUCCAGCAUUGUGGGUCUUAUUUACCUGAAGUUUGUGACCUCACAUAACAUAACUGUGAAGACCAGCAUCCAUUGUGCCAGCCCCUUGUCUGCUGGUCCCUUCAUCUGUCACUCAUCCUUUCAUCCCGCCCUCCCAUCCUCAUCAAACCCUUCCCCGGCCCAGCCCAUGACAGCAGCUUUGCCAGCAUGGCAUUCUCAUCACGCUUUUCCUUCUGGGAGAAAAAGAUAAAAGAAGAGAACAAUCCAAUCGCCAAGAGUUCAAAAGACAAUUCUGACAGUGAUGGCAGCCUGAGUAGCCGUUCCCAGUCAGUGCCCAGCCUGGAGCCUGGCAGAGGCCUACUGCGUGCCAAAAGUCCUCAGCCUGUUCGGGACACACCCACAGAGAUCCAGUCCCAACCUCAAUUCAGGCGAGUCAAAAGCCCCUCACCCAACAGAGAUAAGAUGGCAACCAGAAAGUUGUCUGAAGUACCAAAGAUGCCGGAGCGCUUCAAAAGCCCUGAGCCUUCCCAAGCUCCCUUGAGUCCUGAACCUUUACUGAAUGGAGAAAGCAAAAUGAAUUGUACCCUCAAUGGCAGUGUUAAGACUACCGCUAGUGCUAGUCAACCAGAGCUCACAGAGGAUUUGCAGGGUGGGACCCAUAAGAAGGUGGUUAAGGUGGUACGCAGAGUGGUUAGGAGGGUAGUUCCUGCUGAAGAAGACACAGCAACAACUCCUGCAGCCAUGUCCCCAGAACCACCUAAACCAGCUUUAGAACCACCGAAACCUGAAUCAGCAUCUGUUCCAAAAGUUGUAAAGAUGCCCGUGUUCUCCUUCAGACAUGAUUCCAUAAAGAAAGAGGAAAGAGAUGAUAUAGCUGCUGGACUGACUAGUUUAAUGGCACGAGGCAGGACCAGGGAACCCCGUCCACGCAUCCGCAAAGAUGAGCCUCUUGAAAAAGAGGAUGUGAAACCUAUAGGGAAAUCUCAAGAUAAAGAAACUUCUGGACCAGCACCUAAAACUGUGCCGAAAGUAGAGGCCUCCCAGACUCCAAAACAAGAGCCGCAGACUUCAGCUUCUGCUGCAACAUUGACGACUCCUAAGUCUCCUGUUUCACCACCAGCAGGAUUCAUCCCAGCCUCAAAACCUAACCCACUCUCUCCUCCAUCUGGAUUUGUUCCUACAUCGAAACCCUUAGGAUUUGGCCCCACCUCAAAACCAUCGACUCUUGCCCCUCCGGCAGGCUUUAUUCCUGCUUCAAAACCUUCUCCUGUGACUCCUGCUGGAUUUGUUCCAACAGUUCCUAUUGUUUCUCCACCUACAGCUCCUAUUUCAGAUCCCAAAACAUUGCCUGUUAUCCCCAGUUCUACACCUGCUGAUCCCAAAUCAGCUGCUACCUCUGCUCCAACUGUUUCUGGGAAAACCAACACCCGUAACCCCCCAGCCCCCAAAACAGAUCCAUUUGCCCCUCCCUCAGGGUUCAUUCCCACAAAUAAACAGAUGCCUAUAAAGAAACCAGAGGUGAAGACAGCCAUACAUAUGCCACCAAGACAACCAGGGAAACCUUCUCCUGGGAGAAUUUCUAAACCCUCUCUACCAGCCUUGUCCAAAAAGCUGGAACCUGUGGCCAGUGCCUCUGCAUCAUCUCAGGUACAGGGCCCCUCUGGGGACGGCUCUUCCCCCACUGCGCCCCUCCAUGUCUUGGUCGGAGUGUGCGCUCGCGUGGCCUGUUGGAGUGAACAGGUGGAGGAGGAUCCCGUGGCAAUCCUAAAGGCAGACCAUGCCGCUGCCGCCCAUCCUAAGGUGAAAACAGAGGAGCAGAUCGCUGCAGAGCAAGCAUGGUAUGGUUCAGAGAAGGUGUGGCUGGUCCACAAGGAUGGAUUCUCUCUGGCCACUGUGGUGAAGACAGAGACUGGCAGUCUACCAGAGGGGAAAGUGAAAAUCAAACUGGAGCAUGAUGGGACAGUACUGGACGUGGACGAGGAUGACAUCGAGAAGGCGAACCCGCCGUCAUUUGACCGCUGUGAGGACUUGGCAGCUCUGCUCUACCUGAAUGAGUCCAGUGUCAUGCACUCCUUGCGCCAGCGCUAUGGAGGAAAUCUCAUCCACACAUACGCAGGGCCCAACAUGGUGAUCAUCAACCCUACUAGCGCCCCCUCCAUGUACUCAGAGAAGGUGAUGCACAUGUUCAAAGGCUGUCGACGAGAAGACACAGCCCCUCAUAUAUAUGCAGUAUCCCAAUCCGCCUACCGAAACCUUUUGACAACACGACAGGACCAGUCCAUCGUGCUGCUGGGAAAGAGCGGCAGUGGCAAGACCACAAACUGCCAACAUUUAGUCCAGUACCUGGUUUCGAUCGCUGGCAGCGCUGGAAAGAUCUUUACUGCUGAGAAAUGGCAAGCGGUCUACACAAUCUUAGAGGCCUUUGGAAACAGUGCCACCUCCAUGAACAAUAACGCAAGCCGCUUCUCCCAAAUCGUCUCACUGGAUUUUGACCAGGCUGGUCAGGUGGCCUCAGCCUCCGUUCAGACCAUGCUGCUGGAGAAGCUGAGAGUGGUAAAAAGACCAGAGACUGAGUCCACUUUUAAUGUUUUUUAUUACAUGAUGGCUGGAGCAGACAACACACUCAGAACGGAGUUGCAUUUUAACCACUUUGCAGAGAACAGUGCUUUUGGAAUUGUGCCUCAAACUAAGUCUGAGGACAAGCAAAAGGCAUCACAGCAGUUCACUAAACUGCAGGCAGCUAUGAAGGUGUUGGGCAUCUCUUCUGAUGAACAGAAAGCUCUGUGGCUCAUCCUUGGAGCCAUAUACCACCUUGGAGCUGCGGGGGCCACGAAAGCGGGCCGGAAGCAAUUUGCACGCCACGAGUGGGCACAGAAGGCAGCUUACCUCUUGGGUUGUACCCUAGAAGAGCUCUCGUCUUCUAUCUUCAAACACCAGCCCAAAGGAACCUUACAGAGAUCCACCUCGUUCCGCCAGGGACCAGAUGAUGUUGGGACAGGAGACAACUCGGCUCCAAAGAUCACAGCUCUGGAGUGUCUGGAGGCCAUGGCUGCUGGGCUUUACUCUGAACUCUUUACUCUGGUCAUCUCGCUUGUUAACCGAGCGCUGAAGUCGAGUCAACAUUCCCUGUGCUCUCUGCUUAUUGUGGACACACCGGGAUUCCAGAACCCAAAGCUGACCAAGCGAGACCGUGGAGCCACCUUUGAGGAGCUGUGCCACAACUACACCCAAGAACGUCUCCAAACGCUUUUCCACGAACGCACUUUUGUACAGGAGCUAGAGCGCUACAAGGAGGAAAACAUAGAGCUUGCAUUAGAUGACAUAGAGUCCAGUACCUCACUGUCUGUAUCAGCUAUAGACCAAGCCUCCACUCAAGCAUUGGUACGGACCUUGGCCAGGACAGAUGAGGCGAGGGGCCUGCUGUGGCUGAUGGAGGAAGAAGCUCUGCAGCCCGGGGGCUCGGAGGAAACUCUACUGGAGAGACUCUUCAGUUAUUACAGCCCUGUGGAUGGAGAGGGCAAAGGCCCCGCCCUGCUGCUGAAGAGUGAGAAGGCGCAUCACUUCCUGUUGGGUCACAGCCAUGGAACUGACUGGGUGGAGUAUGAUGCUAGCGGCUGGUUGAGCCAUGCCAAACAGAAUCCUGCCUCUCAGAAUGCAGCCAUUUUACUGCAGGACUCUCAGAAGAAGAAUAUCAGCGGCUUGUUUAUGGGGCGUUCAGGGGGUGCCACAGUUUUGUCAGGCUCUAUUGCUGGGCUUGAGGGCGGAUCACAGUUGGCCCUGCGCAGGGCCACAAGCAUGAGAAAGACCUUCACCACUGGUGUGGCCGCUGUUAAGAAGAAGUCCCUCUGCAUCCAGAUUAAACUGCAAGUGGAUGCGCUGAUAGACACAGUGCGACGAUCCAGGGUGCACUUCGUGCACUGUUUGCUGCCUAAAGCAGAGACUUCGGCUGGGGAUUUGAAGGUGCUGGGAAGACCCUCAUCUCGCUCUGGGGAGAUAGAGACACAUGGAGAAAGCUGUGACAAUGGCCUCAUGCAGCUGGAUGUGUGCUUGCUCCGGGCACAGCUCCGCGGCUCCAAACUGCUUGACGCCCUGCGUAUCUACCGCCAAGGUUAUCCCGAUCAUUUGGUCUUUUCGGAGUUCCGUCGCCGCUUUGAUGUGCUGACCCCCCACCUGACAAAAAAACAUGGGCGGAACUACAUCGUAACCGAUGAGAAAAGGGCUGUCGAAGAGCUGCUGGAGUCUCUUGAGCUGGAAAAAAGCAGUUACCACAUGGGCUUGAGCAGGGUGUUCUUCAGGGCAGGUGUUUUGGCCAAGCUAGAGGAGAACAGAGAUAUCCAGACCAGACGCAACAUCACCCUGUUUCAGGCAGCUUGCAGGGGCUACUUGGCACGACAAGCCUUCAAGAAGAGGAAGAUCCAGCACUUGGCAAUCCGCUGCAUCCAGAAAAACAUCAAGAAGAACCGGGGUGUGAAAGGCUGGCCGUGGUGGAAGCUCUUCACCACCGUCCGUCCUCUCAUCGAGGUUCAGCUUACAGAGGAACAGAUCCGCGGCAAAGACGAGGAAAUUCAGCAACUCAAGUUGAAGCUGGAGAAAGUGGAGAAGGAGAGGAAUGAAUUGAGACUCAAUAGUGACCGACUGGAAAGCAAGAUCACAGAACUCUCAUCAGAGCUCGCCGAUGAGCGCAACACGGGUGAAUCCGCCUCGCAGCUGCUGGAAUCUGAGACCUCGGAUAGACUGAGGCUAGAGAAAGACAUGAAAGAUCUACAGGCUAAGUUUGACACUAUGAAGAAGCAGAUGGAGUCUAUGGAGAUGGAGGUGAUGGAGGCACGACUCAUACGGGCAUCAGAGCUCAAUGGGGAAAUGGACGACGAUGACACUGGAGGAGAAUGGAGACUCAAGUAUGAGAGAGCCAUCAGAGAGAUUGAGUUUACCAAGAAGAGACUCCAGCAAGAGUUUGAUGACAAACUAGAGGUGGAGCAGCAAAACAAGAGGCAGCUCGAGAGAAAGCUGACAGACCUGCAGGCGGACAAUGAAGAGGUGCAGCGUGUGGCGCAGCAGCUGAAGAAGAAAUGCCAGAGACUGACAGCCGAGCUGCAGGACACCAAACUGCACCUGGAGGGGCAGCAGAGCCGCAACCACGACCUGGAGAAAAAACAGCGAAAGUUUGACUCCGAGCAGACUCAGGCUCAAGAGGAGGUUCAGAGAGAGAAGAGUCAGCGGGAAAAACUGAGCAGAGAGAAAGACAUGCUGACCGGGGAAGUGUUCAGCCUCAGACAACAACUGGAGGAUAAGGAUCUGGAGAUAUGUGCUGUCAAUCUGAAGCUCGAGCAAAUGGAAGCAGAGCUUCAAGAUCUGAACUCACAGGAGACAAAGGAUGAAGCAUCAUUGGCCAAGGUUAAAAAGCAGCUUCGUGACCUGGAGGCAAAGGUCAAAGAUCAAGAAGAAGAGCUUGAUGAACAGGCUGGGACCAUUCAGAUGCUGGAGCAGGCCAAGCUCCGUCUGGAGAUGGAGAUGGAGAGACUGAGACAGACGCAUUCGAAAGAGAUUGAGAGCAAAGACGACGAGGUGGAGGAGAUCAGACAGUCCUGCAGCAAGAAGAUCAAGCAAAUGGAGGUGCAGCUGGAGGAGGAGUAUGAAGAGAAGCAGAAGGUCUUGCGGGAGAGGAGAGACCUGGAAGCCAAGCUGAUGAGCGCUAAAGACCAGGUGAGCCACAGAGAUGUGGAAACAGAAAAGCGUCUGAGGAAAGACCUGAAGCGCACAAAGGCCUUGCUGGCUGAUGCCCAGAUCAUGCUGGAUCACUUGAAGAACAAUGCUCCAAGCAAGAGAGAGAUCGCUCAGCUCAAGAACCAGCUCGAGGAGUCAGAGUUCACAUGUGCUUCUGCAGUCAAAGCCCGAAAGUCAAUGGAAGUGGAGAUCGAGGACCUCCAUGUCCAAAUGGAUGACAUAUCUAAAUCCAAGCAGGCACUUGAGGAGCAGCUGAGUCGACUGCAGAGGGAGAAGAAUGACCUGCAGUCUCGCAUGGAGGAGGAUCAGGAGGACAUGAACGAACUCAUGAAGAAACACAAAGCCGCUGUUGCCCAGUCCUCACAGAACCUGGCCCAGAUCAGUGACCUGCAGGCCCAGCUGGAGGAGGCCAUGAAGGAGAAACAGGACGUCCAGGAGAAGCUCACAGCCCUGCAGAGUCAGCUAGAGUUCCAAGAGCAGUCCAUGGUGGACAAGUCUCUGGUCAGCCGGCAGGAGGCCAAGAUCCGCGAGCUGGAGACCAAGCUGGAGUUUGAGAAGACACAGGUCAAACGCUUGGAGAGUCUUGUAGCAAGGCUGAAAGAAAAUCUCGAGAAAUUGACUGAGGAACGAGACCAACGUAGUGCCAGCGAGAACCGGGAGAAAGAGCAGAACAAGCGUCUCCUGAGGCAGAUCCGAGACGUCAAAGAGGAGAUGGCCGAGCUGGCCAAGAAAGAAGCAGAAGCCAGCCGCAAGAAACACGAGCUGGAAAUGGAUAUUGAGAGUUUGGAAGCGGCCAACCAGAGUCUCCAGUCAGAUCUCAAGCUGGCCUUCAAGAGGAUCGGAGACCUCCAGGCUGCUAUUGAGGACGAAAUGGAGAGUGAUGACAAUGAGGAUCUCAUCAACAGUUUACAAGACAUGGUGACUAAGUAUCAGAAACGAAAGAACAAGAUCGAGGGCGCCUCUGAUACCGACUCUGAGGUGGAGGACCGCGUUGACGGGGUGAAGUCAUGGCUGUCCAAAAACAAGGGCUCUGCCAAGAACCUGUCAGAUGAUGGUAGUCUGAAGAGCUCAAGAUCUGCUGUAUAUGUUGACGGAAAGGAGGGAAAAGGUUGGGAAGAGGGUAAAGAAUGGAAAGACAGUGGCAAAGGUAAAGAGUUAGAACCCAGCAGGCCUGUGUCUGUCAUGAGUUCCCUCAGCUACAGGAAACGCUCCAACAUGAAGGACUCCAUAGGAGGUAAGGGAGACGAAAGUUCGCUCCUCAACACCCUUAAAGAACAAUCUGAUUCCCAGGACCUCUCCUCCUUCCGCAAGAGCAAAGCCAAGCAGGAAGCCGAGGAUGACUCCUAUUCUGUCAACUCCUGGAGGAAGGCAGGAGAUGAUCUUGACGAUCGUGGUUCUGUCAUCUCUCAGGCCUACUCGGAAGCGGCCAGUCGGGCAAGGAAGGGCAUGGACAGCCGCUGGUCGGAGUUUGAUAAGGAGUCCAUUGUGUCCUCUGUAGCCCAGAGUCGGGUUUCCACCUGCCAUACUGCGAUGGACCUAGAUGACGAUGCUGUUUCCAGCGUGAGUCGCAUGAGUUCAGUAAGCCGGCAUCGGAGCAUGCCUCGUCUUGAUGAUCGCCAGAGUGAAUACGGUUCACCUGUCAGCCCCAGCCUGAGUCGGCGCAGCCCCGGAAGCGUGAGCCGUGCCGACUCCCGCAUGUCGCUGUCUCGCAGCUGUCGCCUGAGUGAAUUUGACAUGGAUGAUGAUGCCCGAAGCAUAGCAUUUAGUGAGGCUCGCUCCAGUGCUUACAGCCCUCACUCCACCUCGGGCCGAAGCUUUUCCAUGCCUCCGCAAGCCCGGAAAACUGACUCCAGCCCACCUGACGUCUCUGACGUCAAGCCGGUCAGUCACCGCAACUACCUGGACCCUGACCUGGAGGCCGCAAUUAACGAAGUGUUAAGCUUCAAACCUAUCAAGUUCAAGCGCACCAGCUUGGAAGAGUCUGAAGCGGAGAAAGAUAAGCAAGCUGAAGAUGAGGAUGACCGGAAGAGCGUCAGCAGCUCCAGGAUCGGCAGAGACAGUGGCCGCUCUUCCAGCUUGCGCCGAUCUGCUUCAGCCGUGGACUACAUGCGUUCCAGCAGUAGCCUUAGCACCCGCAGCAACCGAAGCAAGAAGGGCAAGAGCAAGAAGAAGAAGAAGAGAAGUCACAGUUCAGAAUCUGACAGCUCUGACGAUGACCGCAAGAAGAAGAGCUCUAAGAAGAAGAGUAAGAAGUCCAAGAAGAAGUCCAAGAAAGAGUCUUCGUCUUCCUCCUCAUCCUCGGAGUCUGAGUCUAGCACAGAGUCGGACUCUAGUUCGGGAGCUUCCACUAUUUCUUACAGAAGCUCCAGCAGUAUCAAGAAAGCCCCUGGCUGGCAGGCCUCGGGCUCUGAGGGAGAGCUGGAGCCCGAAGAACCCUCUGAAGGAGCUCCCCCUGUGUCUAAGAAAGAGGAGAAGAAGAGGAAGAAGAAAGUCGACAAUCUUAUGAUGAAGUACCUGUACAGGCCUGACAGUGAUUAAAGAUGGCAGUAGCCCACCCUCCAGUCGCAGACGCUUCUGCCUUGACAAAUCUGACGAGGAAGAGGAAGAAGAAAAAGAGGAAGGGAGCACGGGCCGAAGCACCUACCGCUCCCGCUACAAACGCAGCAGCUACCUGAACGACAGCGAUGGCGAGACCACCG